UGUGGUUAUCGCAUUUUCUCACCUCAAGGACACUUGUAUUCUGUUAACUAUAAAACUACACUAUAUCACCUAAUUGUUCAUUCACACUUCAUCACAUUUUUCUGACUAAACACCCUAUACACAUUUAAUUGACUAUGCUAACUAAUGGACUAUCACCUCAACUUACACAUGCACCCCAAUACAGUUUCUGAUAUUAUUUUCAUUUGCCUUUACUGGCUAUAUGUACUCUAUUAUUCAUGGAUUUAUAACUGUAGAGCCUGAAGAAGAAGUUAUCGAAAACAAUUGUUCGCUCAAAAUCUUGUUUUACUUUCAUAUUUCUUACAUCACAUAUUCUUGAAGUAUGUAUAAAAUAUCUACUUAUUAUAACGAAAUCAUUUUUCAUUUAACCCUAUUUGAUUUAUAAUAUAUUCAUCAUGCAUCUUAAAUGUAUUAAAAAAGUGGUGAAAAAGUACAAAGGUAUAAAGCAGUAUAGAACAAUUACUUGAAACAUAAAUAUUUCACAGAGUGUACUUUGACAAAAAAACCACUUUACUGGUGCGAACUUUAUAUAAGUAAGGUAAUCAAUGGCUACUCAACACCUCAACUUCUCUCUACGACGUUUAUAUAUUCUCAACAUUAUUUAUCUACACGAACAAGUAUUGAUUCUUCGCGCUGUGAAACAACUCAAAGCACAUUACUCUAUCCUCAGACGACUACAUGAACAGUGGUUUAAGACAGUAAAGUGCAUAUUCUCCGGCAAUUUUGAAGUGAGGAGUUCACAAACAUGAGAAGCACUUUGCAGUUGAACAUCAUCAAUAGAUUCAAUAUUAGUUUGAGAGUGAGAAUUCUCCUGCUCACAGCUGUUCAAAUCUUUCUAUCCUUAGUUUGUAUUAUGAUAUUCACCCAUAUUUGUAUCUUGCAGGAGUGGAUUGUUAAAUCUGUUUGGUUUGUAUUCACCUCUGUUGCUAUUUUACUCUGUACAAUAAUCGCUUGGCUCUUCAUCAGACUAUACGUGAAUUCAUUGGCCAUUGACAUAAUAUUUGCAGUAUUGCUUAACAUAUUUCUACCAAUAACACUUUGCAUAAUAUCACUAAUUUUUGUACCGCUGUGGUGCGAGAUAUCUAUGUGCGUUUCAGUUUGCAUGGCUGUCUUCACGGGAUUAUUUGCUAUAAAAAUGGAUCUAUGGAGACCGAGUAGUAGCAAGUGGCUGAUAAGUAUGCUUGCCUCAAUUGUAAUCGUUGGUAUUAUCUCCUCUAUUGUUCUUGCGUUACAAAUUUACAAUGAAAUGAUUUUUACGCUAGUUCAGUUGGUAUGGAAAGAUAAAGUGGCCCGCAGCAAAUACAUAUUCAUCUCGAGUUUUCUAUACUUAUUCUUCUUUGGAGUAUUUUUUUUCAUCCUCGUAGUUUCUCCUUCUAAAAACUUCCCUCCAAAUCCCACCAAUAAUACGGGGAACUAUUAUUUCGAAUUAAUUAAACCUUUCCACUUUUUAAAUGUAUCACAUAGAUCAAGGCAAUGAGUGACAUAUGAAGAAGUUUACAAACCAUGUGAAAUCUGAUUCGUAUUUCUGUAAUUCGCCUUUAUGAUGAAAAUGCUGCUUGAUUCAACACUCAUAGUUUUCAUACAUUUAUUUCUCUUUAUAAAUUUGAAUAAAGCAAGAAUAACAGUCUGUGUGGAACAAGAUGAUACCAUCAUUUAUUUCGUUGACUUUUCAUCAGCUAUGUACGGCCUGAAGAAAUUAUCAAGUGUUUGAUGUACAAAACAGUUUUAGCUAACGUGAAAAUGUUACAUGAUAUCAGUUAAUGGCAGAAGACGCCGAACUUAAUAAACAGUGCUCAGAAAAUUAUGCUGACACAGUUUUAAUUCAAAGAGCUCAAUUUUAAACAGAACUAGCAUAUGGUUGUUAUGGGGUUCUGUAGUAAGGACAAGAAGCGUGUAAGAUGAUGAGUAAACAAUCUAUGGAGUAACGAUGUGUAAAGUUCAACUGAAGCC